UUAAUGGAUAAUUCUACCAGCAUUACAUAUUUUACUCUGGAUGGACAUGUGGGUUUAGAGCAUUACAGAUACUUUUAUUUUACAUUUGCUCUCACUGUCUAUUUAAUGAUAAUUUGCUUUAAUACUGUUAUCAUUUCUAUCAUAUACAAAAACAAACACCUCCAUGAGCCCAUGUACAUUUUUAUUGCUGCUCUGCUCUGUAAUGCUCUCUUCGGAUCAACUGCUCUUUAUCCUAAACUACUCACUGAUUUACUGUCUGAAAAACAAAUCACUUCUUAUGAAGCUUGUAUAUUUCAGGCAUUUUGUAUGUACACAUAUGCUUCAUCAGAAUUUGUUCUGUUAUCAGCUAUGGCCUAUGACAGAUAUGUGUCCAUCUGUAAACCAUUACAUUAUGCAACUCUUGUAAAAAUGCACAUUGUCAGAAAACUCAUAUUUUUGUCAUGGUUUUUGCCUUCUUGUACAAUUGGUAUAACAGUUCUACUAACAUCUCGACUUCAGCUGUGCAGAUUUAAAUUAAACAGAAUAUUCUGUGAUAAUUAUUCGAUUGUGAAAUUAAGCUGUAAAGAAACAUCUCUUAAUAACAUAUAUGGACUUUUUAUUUUCAGCAUUACUGUGUUUCCUCCAGUGAUCUUUAUAAUCUACUCGUACAUUAGGAUACUUGCUGUCUGUUUAAAUAAUUCUAAAGAUUUUAGAAGAAAAGCUCUACAGACCUGUUUACCACAUCUGCUCAUUUUCAUUAUUUUUUCUGUCAACAUGUGUUUUGAAAUUAUAAAUUCUAGAAUAGAAUCUAAACAAAUUCCUCACAUUAUUGCCAUGAUCCUGUCAGUUGAAUAUUUACUUAUUCCUCCUCUAUUCAAUCCCAUAAUAUAUGGAUUAAAACUGCAGGAGAUUUUGAAUAGUAUCCGAAAACUGAUUUCCUGUAAAAUGAGGGCUCAAGUUUCGUUUUAG